GGGAGGAGGUGUCAAUGCGCAGGCGCGGCCCCGGCUCCCCUCUUUAUCAGCUGAGACUUUUUGCUCCCUAACUUUUGGGCAUGGGACGGCCCGGGUGUACCAGUUCCGUGUUACUGAGCUUGGGAAUGGGUGGUGCUCGUGUGCGCAUGUGCACUGAGAGGAGGGGCUGGACGCAGUGCGCACACAGAGGACGUCUCCCCCCUCGGGGCUGCCACCCCCUGAAGCACCCCAGGGUGGCCCCGCAGAGAGCCCGCAGCCAGAGCAAUGGCCCCCGGGACCCCGAGGCCCCCCUCCCAGGGGUCAAUAAAAUUCAAGGAUGUGGCUGUGGACUUCACCCAGGAGGAGUGGGGCCUGUUGGACUAUUCUCAGAAAGAGCUAUUCAGGGAAGUCAUGCUGGAGAAUGUGCAGAAUCUACUCUCUGUGGGCCACAUGAUAGGAAUGGAAUAAGCAUUUCAAAAUACCUAUUUCCUCUCCCAGGGCUUCCAGUUCCUAGAGAAAUUUUUAUCUCCUGUUUUCAGCCAGGGAAAACACCAUGGCUGCUAGAGCAAAAAGGCCCAAGAAACUCCUGUGCAGAGGCAGAAACUAAUUUUGAAAUGAAGGAGAUGUCUACAAAGCUGAGCCUUUUUGUGGAAGGAUCUGGCUCCCAGAGAUGCAUGAAUGAGGGUCUCUGUCACUUCAUUUUGAAAGAAAUCUGUGACUCCAAUAUCAAGGUAAAUAGAAAUCCAAAGAGUGACUGUCAAUUUGAAGAGACUGGAGAGAAAUUCAACCGGUAUCCAGUCCUAAAACAAUAUACAACACUGCCCUCAGGAAAUGACUGUUUACAGUAUGGGGAAUACAGGAAAUCCUUUCCUGAAGAAGUAGGACUUGUUGAGUGGAAUGAGAAGCCUGUGGAAAUGCCCAGGUAUCAAGGGAACCUGGGGGGAAUGGGCUUGGACUGGAGUUUAGACUUCAUUAGACAUCCAAAAAGUAAAAUUGUCAAAAUGGUUUUUGUGAAUAAUAAAAGUGAGAGACCUUCCAGUCAGAACUCUGAGCUUGCUGCACAUGAGAGAAUCCACACUGCAGACAAAUCUUAUGAAUGUAUGCACUGUGGAAAGGUUUUCAAAUGGAGGGGCCAUCUUGCUCUACAUCAGAGAAUCCACACUGGAGAGAAACCUUUUGAAUGUAAACUUUGUGGAAAGACUUUCACAGAGAGUGGCUCCCUUGCUAGACAUCAGAGAAUCCACACUGGAGAGAAGCCUUUUGAAUGUAAACACUGUGGAAAGGCUUUCACGCAGAAGACCUAUCUUGCUAAGCAUCAGAGAAUCCAUAUUGGAGAGAAACCUUAUGAAUGUAAACACUGUGGAAAGGCUUUCACACAAUGGAGCCAUCUUGCUGAUCAUCAGAGAAUCCACACUGGAGAGAAACCCUAUGAAUGUAAACACUGUGGAAAGGCUUUCACACAGAAGUGCUCUUUUACUAGACAUCAGAGAAUUCACACUGGAGAAAAACCUUAUGAAUGUAAACACUGUGGAAAGGCUUUCACACAGUGGAGCCAUCUUGCUGAUCAUCAGAGAAUCCACACGGGAGAGAAACCUUAUGAAUGUAAACAGUGUGGAAAGGCUUUCACAGAGAGGGUCAAUCUUGCCAGACAUCAGAGAAUCCACACUGGAGAGAAACCUUAUGAAUGUAAACUUUGUGGAAAGACUUUCACAGAGAGUGGCUCCCUUGCUGUACAUCAGAGAAUCCACACUGGAGAGAAACCCUAUGAAUGUAAAUAUUGUGGAAAGACUUUCACACAGUGGAGCCCUCUUGCUAGACAUCAGAGAAUCCACACUAGACAGAAACCUUAUGAAAGUAAACACUGUGGAAAGGCUUUCACACAGAUGAGCAAUCUUGCUGCACAUCAUAGAAUCCAUAUUGGAGAGAAACCUUUUUGCGUGGAGUGAAAAAUUAGUGUCUUAUUCUUAUUAUAAUAGUUAUUAGUGUCUUAAGUAUAGUAAAUAUGGUUCCUGCUCCCACUAGAUCCCCCUAAUCAAGCUACCUUCAAGGCAAGAUUAUCCUACUCACACCCUUCACCCUGUAGGACAAAAGCUUUACAGCCAUUCAGUGUUUUGGGUGUUCUUAGCCCCCAAAUUAUCCCAUGAUCAAAACUUAAUUACCUUUUUGUCUUUGAAGUUCUUCCCAUUGUGUCAAAGGCUUCCCCCUGAUAGUCAAGCCCAGUGGCUGGAAUGAUACUCAAUAGUUGAGUCCCCAUUGUAAAACCUCAACCCCUCCCAGAUAAUCUAGGCCCUCCCUCCCUUUUUUCUUUAUAUUUCUCUCCACAUUCCUGAUCAUUUCUUUCAAGUGUAAAUUUCCUUGAUUUUACUCAUAUAAAACUAUGUAGCUUGAUAAUCCUGUCCUUUAUUUCUGGAUUUCAACCAUUGUGAAAAUGUUACAAUCCCUUCAUAGAGACUUGAUUGUAUCAGAAUUCUCCUAUAAAGAAGGGAUUUUUCUAUGACCUUUUGGAAUAUUUGUCUUAGGUCAAUGACUUGAACUAGUGCUUCACAUUUUCUCUCAAGAAAGAAUUACAUCUUAAGUGACGGUUUUUCUAGUAUCUUUUUAAUAGUGUUUAAAGAAGGUGUACUUUGCAGUUUUCAAGGUCCCCUCAAUUUCUACUCCACACAUUAUGAAUGUAAACAAUGUGGAAAGGGUUUUACAUGGAAGGUCUCUCUUGCUGCACAUCAGUGAAUCCACACUGAAGAUGAACCUAAUUAAAUACUGGAAAGGCUUUCACAGUGAGGAACAACCUUGCUAAACAUCAGAGCAUCCACAUUUGGAGAGAAUCUUUAUGGAUGUUAUCAAUUCGGAUUGGCUUUCACAUGAAGCUCCACAGUUGUUUCAUGUCAGAAAAUCUUCCCUGAAGAAAAACCUCAUGAAUUAGGUUUGAGAAGGGAAUUCCUCUCCCUUUGUUUUGAUGUCAUUGAUCAGGGACCUGGAGAUACUUUAACAUUGAGAUGUGCAGGGAUAGACAGGCCCUCAGAGGAAGGGAGUUGAAACCAACAGAUGGGAAACUAAUCCCAUAAGCACUUCCUUUUUGUGAGGUGCCAGGCAAAUUAAGGAACUAUGAUUGGUUCCUGAAAUGUGAUGUAGGAGAGCUAGUGGGUGGAGAAAACUGUUUAUAAAGGUAAGACCAAGGGUCUGGCCUCUCUCUCUAUUGCCCUUCUGACUGGAGAUUGGACCUGAAGGAACCCCUGUUGUGGUGAGCUUCAUUCCAUCAGAAUGACAGAUAGGGUGGGUAGGCCAGGCAACUCAAUUUCUUUCCUAUAUUUCUUUCUAUACUAUCAGUAAUUUGAUGUAAUAAAGGUACCAGCAGCCUCAUAAUUUAAAUUUUAACUAUUACAAUUUGUCUGACCAUGGAAGUUUUAUGAGUCCUCUCAUUUUCUUCAGUUUCUUCACUUUUUACUCUACUAAACUAUCUUUAAGUAAGUUUGUUAAUAGCUAAGUUAGAUUGACAAAAACAAACACUAAGAAGCUGAGAAGAUUCAGUUAUCUGGACUGAUCAAAGCAACUACUUUGCAGCCCAGUAUUCUUGAUUGGUGUGAAGGAUUUAAGUAUUGGGGAAGGUUAACAAGUUUGUCUUUUAGCUUUUUUUCCCCACAAAAAUUAUCCAAGUUUCAGGAAUUAGAUUUUGAUUUCCUGACCCUAAAACCAGGUGUAACUAAAAUCUCUGCAGUUUCUAGCCCUUUUAAGGAGAGUAUCUAGCUCCUGAGAGUCAUUUUCUUUUUUCUUUCUUUUUUUUUUCAUAUGUCCUUUCUGGGCUCCAGGUGCCUUCAGCAUAAAUUUAAGUUGGAGGUGGGCAGUUGAGGGGAGCAGCAGCAAGAUCUCUCAAGCCGCUCCUUUAAUCCUGGGAAGUAUUUCAGGGACUACUGAGUGCAAAAUCCCAGCAGGGGACUCUGGCCACAGUCUGUGCUCUACACCCAAGUUUUUUGCCUUCUCAGGCCAACUUGGUGAACGGGUUCCCUGCAAAGACUUUCCCCAAUAAAGCCUCAGUGCAGAUGCCCCUCAGAGCUAGUGUCCCAGAUCCCCACACCUGUAGGCCCACUUGGAAGCGCGUGGUCUCUAACUUUUUACCAUUGGGGGCAGGGGAAGGGAGAGAAUUCUCCCCACCUUUUUAGCUGAAACUCUGGCUGUACCCUGAGGGGUGGUUUUAGGUACAAGGAAGUGUUUUAUUUUCAUUAAGUGUAAAUCCUUUGCUUUUUCUUAUAUUUUUCCUCUCCCAAACCUUUCUUACCACUUUUUGGUUUCAGGUUAAGGCUUUUCCUGCCCCUCAUUCAAAUGCUAGCAAACUAGGGCAUGUCUGCACCCACACCAUUAUUUUCUUCCUAGUCUUUAGGACCUCCACCCUCUAACCCUAUGAGACCCUAACCCCUAGCCAGUACACAGUAGGAUAGCACCAUCUACAGACAGGAAGUAGAACUGCAGGCAAUGUAAUAGUUAAAAAAUAAAUAAGUGACCAAAGUUAGUGCUGGAGAGCAUGAUCCACAUUGUGAAAGUGCAGCUUCCCUCCUAUCCCAAACGGCUCCCAUUCCCAGAGAGCAUUACUGGGUUUGGUUUGCAAUUUCAGAAUGUUUUGUUUAAUAUGAUUCUGCGUGUACUUGUACUGAUAGGAUACCUUGCAGUUUAUCCAUUCCUCCCCAAGAAAAAAAUAAUAUCAUGAUAGCUUGAUUAAUCUCAGAAUUCAGAAGGAAAAUCCACAUCUCUAAUCCACCUCACUAUCUAAUCCUACACUGUCUCUGCCUCACCCUGUCCAUCCUUCUUCUUGACCUGCCCACCCUUGCUAAUGCCCUGGCCACCUUUCUUGCCUUACUCAGGUUUUCUCACCCACUGUCAAACCCACCCUUUCCUCCCCCCCUUGUUCAACUUCUUCCCCUGCCUCCACUGCCCCCUCCCCUUUCACUGGCCCAUCCCCUGUCUCCAUUUUCCCCACCGUUACACUCACCUGUUAUAUUUAAAAUGGUUGAUGUUGUAAACUGUAAUGAGUUAAAAUGGUGGAAGAUACAAAUUAUGCUAGAUAUAAGAGAGGGUGAGUAAAUUGUGACCGUAGAAAAUAUGUUUCACUACAGUGUCUUGGUUUUUAAAUCAAAUAUAAGGUGGUCGCCAGGGAAAUAUUCCCAAUUAUUCAAUAUGCCCAAGUCAACUGGGUUUUAUAGAGAAUUUAAUAAAUAAUACAAUAAGUAAAGAGAGAGAGAGAGAGAGAGAGAGAGAGAGAGAGAGAGAGAGAGAGAGAGAGAGAGAAAGGAAAUAAGUAUGAAGGGCCUUAAGCCAACAUGGCCUAGACCUGAGUCUUAAGAGAGAGAUCAGUCAGUCUUUAUCACUCACCACAAGGUCUGUCUAAGCAAGGAUUCUAGGGACACCAGGCCAGGUCCAUCUCAGCUGAUUUCACCAGAGAGAGUUCCAGUCAGAGUCCUCCUCAAAGAGAGAUCCAGCCAGAGACUGUUUCAAAGGGCCUCUCUCCAGAGCCUCCAGAGGGACAGAGUCCCCUCAGAGGAGCUCCAGCAAGACCUCCUUAGAGAUUGUCCUCCAAAAGCUUCCCUUCUCCAGAGCCUCUCUCAAGAGAUUCUUCCCAAGCGAUCCUCAUAAGAACUUUCUCCAAAAGGAUUGUCCCCUCAAGAGAUUCUGCAUUUUCUUAUAUAGGGGUUUUAAUCCUAUGUCACCUCCCCUAAGUCCUUACAUCUACCAAUCACUGUAGACGUUUUCCAAAGGACUGCCCAUUUGAAUUCCUGCUAAGUCGACUAAUCUCCUCAGUAAGUCUGAACCAGAGAAAAUGCUGCUGUGUCGACUAAUCUCAUUAAGAGAAAACUUGCCCGACCCUUUUAGGUACCUAGCAUCCCAUUAUAUCAAUUCUAAAAAACAGGCAUGGCCCAAAGAACUCCUUGCCUUAUUAUAAGCAUGGGUCCAAGGACUUUCAUUGUUUAGCAAGGAGUUUUCUCCCCUAAAGCAGUCUUAAGUAUGGGUGGAGUAGAGGUCCUCCCAUUUCUGAUCCUGGCGAGUUCUCACAUCAAAAUGGGGAAUGUUUCCAGUAGGGAAUUUGUUCCAAUAGAGGAUUCCUCAAUGUGGAAAUUUUUUAACAUUCACAAGUUUGAGAAAUUUCAAGAUUUACACCUAUUAACUCCUCCCCACUUCAGCCCCUGCUCAAUCUCACUUUGCCCUGAAUCUUCCUCUCCUGCACCAGCUCCCCUUUCUUUUACCUGACCUACCUCUCACCCUGCCCCCUGCUCCUACCCAACCCAUCUCUCCUCUGGCCCUACUACUCUUCCCCCAUGCUUCUACCACUCCUUCCCCUCCCCCACCCACUCUAGUGCAAUCCAAACAAAAAGCCAAGCAAUAAUAACAGACAAUUCAACUAAAGGCCUAUUCACCCUAGGGGAUGUUCCCAAUCGUACUAAAUGAGGGAACUUAGUAAACACUAGACAUCAUUUUUCUACCAGAUAUUGGGAGAUUUAAAGGAAAAAAAAAAACCCUUUGAAGAUGAUCCCAUUGUAGUCAUAAAUAAGUUUGAAAACUGUUACCACAGUUUAAUCUUUUGUGUCUUGACAUGGAAGAUUUGCUUCACACCCAGCCAAUGGAAAGAGAAAGAAAUAGUAUUCUUUCUCUUGUUAAUCAGGUCCAGGGAGAGGGAGUGAUUAUUGGCCAUAUGAAGAUCCUAAAUGGGACCUGAAUUUAGAGGAAGAUUACUUACAACUAUGUCAGGCUUGGAAAGCAUCCUAGGAAUGCUAGGAAUAAAAGCAAUGAUAACUUUUUCUUAUAGGCCUGGUAUGUGGAUUAAAUUUGAAAAUCCCUCACAGUUUAUGGAUAAACUUAUUGAGCUGGGAGGUAGAUGUGUAGACCUAGAUUUCUGCAGGGAAAGAGAUGUUAGACAAAUCUGGAGACAAUUUGUAAAAAACAGUUGUAAAGUAGUUAAGAACUAUUUUAAGACUAACUGCCCAAACUGGGCUAAUAUGGAUCUUGAGGAAUUAAAAAGAGUGGUGGUUUACAUUUUUUUGAUGGACAUGAAAAGAAAGAUGAAGAGAACACUGACAUAGUGGAGAAAUUAAUGAAGAGAAUAAAUGCAUUAACUGGAAAAGCUGAAAAGGCAAAUGCAAAUCAGGGAGUGGCCAUAGCCCCUUUACAGGAAUCCACGAAGAAACCACCACAAUGUUGUUUUUUUGGAAAGGUGGAUCAUGUAAUUAUGAACUGUAGGAAGUGGAAUCAGGAAAAUAGAAAUAAAAGCUUGAGGAAUAAUAAUAAGAAGUCACAUAGGAAUAGUAAUUCUAAUGAGGCAGAUCAUAACUCAUGCCAAAACAUCCAAUAUGUGGUUUGUCCUCACUGUGCUCACUGUGGCAUCCCCCCUAUGCAUGGGGGACCCGAGAGGAAUAGACAGGGAUCAUUAUGAAGAUGUGAGGGGAGGGGAAGGACUCUAGAAUCAGGGGGUUAAAACUUAAAUUUCCUAAACCCUGAUAUCUUAAUACCCGUUCUUUCAGUCCAUUCCUCCCCUCCCCCCUCAAAAUAAUGAACCUCAUGUGACCCUGAAGGUUGGAAGCAUGCUUAAUGAUUAUUAGACAUUGGAGCUUUCAGGUCAGUUUUGGUGAGUAAACCUGAUACUGAAUGCAAUUGUAUUGACUCAUUAAAUGUAGUAGUUAUAUCAGGAAUGCCUCUAAAAUUCCUAAAGGUUUCUCCUUGAAUAAUAUCUGUGUGAGUGCCUAGCAGUAGAACAUUCUUUCCUUUUAAUUCCUGGUUCCCCUACAAAUUUGUUAGGGAGAGAUCUUUUAUGCAAUCUUAGAGGUACAGUAACAUGUUCUCAAGCUGUCUCUAUAAUGCUAGAAUUGCUAGAGGACUUCUUUAGUUUGUUUCCUGUCCUUCUUUUAGACAGGAAAUGAGGGAACCCCCCACCUUUGAAAUCCCAGCUGCAAUAUGUCAUGCACCUCUAGCCAGUGAAAUAGGUGUGUAGAAUAAGAGGUCAAAACUAUAAAUAUAUAACAAAAUAACAGUUUAAUAAAACUAAAGGAGGGAGGGAAAGGGAAUCGGGGAAUAUUUAAUUUUAUACCCAAAUCAGAGACUAAACCCCUAACAACUUUCUAUAACUUAUAAACUAACUCCUUAAUACUACUUAAGAUUAGGGAGGGGUUAGUAGGAACAAGAACAAAGGCCAAAGUAAAUCUCACAAAACUGAAGUCCCCUUUGGGUCUAGCAGAAGUCCCAGUAGGAAGAGUAGCACUGCAGGUCCACAUAGGAUCAGAAGGGGAGUGAUGGAUUAACUCACACCAUCCACUGGUGAAAUGUUGUCCACUAUCUCUACUACUUUCUCAAGAUUAUUUUGAUUCAAGGAAGGUCCAGGCUCCUGGCAGCUCCAUGUCUCCCUCUUCAGAGACCCAAACUGUCGACAAAUCUCAACUACCACUCAGCUCUUGAGAGCUCCAGAAUGUUGGCCCUCCUUUGCCCUGUGGGAUCUCCUGCUUCCUGUUUGCUCCUGCUAAAAUCCCUUACAAUGCCAGAGAAUCUUUAGAAGUAUAAACUGGUUGUGUGAAAUGAUUCACUUGGGAGACUAGGCAUGAACAUUUCCCAAACCCCUCAAUUGGGGAAUUUUCCGAGUGCUCAUCUCCCAGUAGAAUCACGCGGGGGGGGGGGGGGGGGAGAUUGUGUAAAGGGAAUUCUAUCGCCUCCCCUUCCUGGAUUGUUGACCCAGUUCAUCCCAUGUUGCUUGCCUACUGGACUUUACUGCACAGAUGAUGCAUGAUGGACAAUGAAGGGAGUGUUGCAGGCUGAGCCAGCUCUCUCUACUUCCUUGGACAUGGCAUGAAAGACAGAUGGAGAGUCAUGUAGGAGGAUGAACAUGGGGUCAGACUUAGAGUUGAAAAAUAGACUUUAAACCUGUGCCUAUCUGUUUUCUUUAUUUCAAGUGAUUAUUAAUAAACUGUGGAAAAUAA